ACCAGCAUAGCUCAAGUACAAGCGCGUAGCAAAAGCCACGAGAAAAAUGGCCAGCCCUUGCUGCAAGGACACCUGCUGCAAGAAAGAACUAGUCGAUGACAUCGCGGGGUGGAUCAAGAUCUACAACGACGGCACAGUGGAGCGGCCCGGCCCUCCUUCGGAGGCACAGCAAUUGGCAUCUCCCGUCGCACCGCACGACGUGCCAUGCAACGGCGUGACGGUGCAUGACAUCCCGGCCGACCCACCCCUCCGCCUGUACCUCCCGGCGGCGGCCCCUUUGAACGGCCGACGCCUCCCCGUGUUGCUCCACUUCCACGCCGGUUCUUUUUGCAUCAGCGAUCCUACUUGGAAGAUGUACCAUUCCUUCUACGCCCGCCUCGCCGCCGAGAUCCCCGUCGCCAGCAUCGUGUCCAUCACUCUCCCUCUGGCCCCGGAGAACCCGCUUCCUGCGGCCAUAGCUGCCGGCUAUACCUCCAUUGACUGGUUGAAAUCGCUUGCUCGACCUGUGCUGCCCAACGAGCCAGUCCCUGAGCCAACGUAUGACCCCGUAAACAGGCUCAGGGACAUCGCGGAUUUGUCACGUGUGUUUCUGAUAGGUGACAGCAAUGGUGCUAACCUGGCGCUCCAGGUUGCCGCUGGGUUCAGCUCGGCGGAGCCGGGGUACUGGGGCCCCGUUCAGCUCAUCAAGCGAGACAACCAACAAAGCUCAAGCACAAGUGCGUAG